ACUAGCCCAGAGACGGGCGUCAGUAUUUCAAUAUAGUCUAGUCAGUUUUACAAAAAGGACUAGUCAAGAGACGGCAAAAUGGUGCGGAUUUGCCACAAAAACAUUGAAAAAAUUAUACGUGACAAUGACCCUAAUGUUGACUAAAUGCAAGUUCUGUCUUCAACCAACAAUGUUAUUAAAAUUUUAACUUUACAUCUAGUACAUCUUUUAUUAAUAUACUAACGAUAUCUAUGUACACAAUCUUGAUAGGUUUAUUCAUCAGAACGAAUGAUAAAUUAUAUGAUUUAUUUGUUUACCUUAUUUGCGUUAUUUUUUUCCUGUUCACUUAGUUUAUAUCAACUUGUUUUAUUUUGUUUUAUUUAGUCAAUAUAAUGUCAGAUAAAUUUGUUCCAUAUCAUUUACGUGAUAUUAACAAUCCUCCAGCUCAUCUCGAUGAAAAUCAAAAAUCGAAUUGGAUACGUACUGCACAAAAGGCGAAGAAAAAUUGUCAAAAUCAACAACAAUAUCCAGCAUUUAAUAUACCAACAUCAUUCUAUGAAAUUAUAUAUAUAAAUAAAAAUACAACGACUGAAACAAUGCAAAAAUUAAUUAAUCAUGUACGGAAUUGUAAUGAAUUUACAUUCGAUACUGAAGGUGAAAAAUCAAACAAGCAAUUAGCAUUAAUUCAGAUUCAAACAAUACCUCAACAGUUGCCAUUUUUCGUCGUAUUACUAGAAUUACCACAUUUACCAUCACAUGAUACAUUAAUUUAUGUCAAAAUUAAACAGUUAUUUCAAUUGAUCUUUCAAUCAAAAAAUAAAUUAUAUUCGUGGGGACCACUACGACAAGAAUUGUAUCCGGCUGUAUGUAGCCCGUCAUUACUUCAACAUCAUGCUAUAAAUGAUGUUCGUUCAAAUACAAAUAUUAAAACAUCUUCAAAAUGUACGUGUCAUGAAGCUAGUCCUUAUCGUCCUGGAGAAACAUGGGGACUACAGGAAGCUUUAAUUUACACCUGUCAACUAUUUAUUGAUAAAUCCAUGGCAGUUAAUUCUUGGGCCAGAGAAUUAGAUCCACAUCAUUCAACAUUACCAACAACAACACGAGAAAAAAUGCUACGCUAUGCAAUUUAUGAUUGUUUUACCACAACAUAUUUAGCCCGUCCAGUUUUAGAAGAUUGGACAUUUGAAAAGGUAAAAAAUAUUAAUGUAUUAAAUCUAUUUCAGGCAUCAUCAUUUACAUCACCAUCAUUAUCAUCAUUACAUCAAGCAAAUAACACCAUCAUACAUACCACUAUUAAUCCGCAAACUUUUAAAAAUGUUAUUGAUAAUGAUUUAGAAUUUAUUUCUGAAGAUAGUGAUGAUGAAAUAACAAUUAAUCAAUGUCGUACAAGUCCUGUUAAUACUGCAUUAUAUGAACAAAUUUCCGAUGAUGAACAACAACAACAUCAACCUUCACUUAAACAACAUUCACCACACAAUUAG